UGUGGGCUCACACACACGGAGAGAAGGCACGGAGAGACACUCAGUAGCAGCUACAGACAGACAGACAUGUACUCUCUUUCUUCUUUCUUCUCUCCAUAGUUAUUCCUUUCAUUAUUCCUCAAAAUACUACUGGACCUCUAUGGCUUUGGUAGAUAUUAUAGGAAAAAUAUGAUUCUUGGUGGAUUUGAACUGAAUGAGUUCUAGAAGUGACUUGUGGAACUUGUGGGCAGUACAUCUACAGAUGUUUGGGAGUAGUUUACUUUCUGGAAGUGGGUUCCGUCCAUUCUCUUGAGUUCGGGAACUAAGGUUCCUUCCCUCCUUGGACUUUGGGAUCUGAGUUUGGACUUGGACUUGGUCACCACCAGUCGGAGUAGUGACAGCUGGGACUUUGUGGUGUGGAAUUUUAGACCUGACCGGCUUUCCCUCUGAAGUUUUUCGGAACAAGUGAUUUGUUUGUUUAGCCGUUCUGCUAACUUUUUCCUGGGGGACUCCUGCGGUCUGGACGGCAGUCAGUGUGUUCCUGAUCUGAGUGCACUAGAACGCGUGUAUGUUGAGCGUGUUGAGGGUGAUGCCUCUGGACGUGGUCAUAGCCCCGGCUGAGGACUGUUUCUGGCCUGUCCUGCAGGAGUCAGACAGGAGGCUGAAGAUCAGAGUCCGCAGGAGCAAGGAGGGGAGGGAGCUACGAGGGGGCUUUGCUGCAUUCUCCUCCUGUUUCCCCGGGCUUUGUGAGAGCAAGCCAGCUCUGCCUAUGAGCAUAUCCCAGCCCUGCCUGCCUGUAGCUAACGUAGGCCCCACACGCAUCCUACCACACCUCUACCUGGGAUCGCAGAAAGACGUCCUCAACAAGGACCUGAUGGUUCAGAAUGGCAUCACGUACGUGCUGAAUGCCAGUAACACCUGUCCCAAGCCUGACUUCAUCAGAGAGAGCCACUUCAUGCGGAUCCCUGUCAAUGACAACUACUGUGAGAAGCUACUGCCCUGGUUGGAGAAAACCAAUGAAUUCAUUGACAAAGCCAAGGUGUCAAACUGCAGAGUCAUUGUGCACUGCCUGGCUGGAAUCUCACGCUCGGCAACCAUCGCCAUUGCAUACAUCAUGAAGACAAUGGGCCUGUCAUCGGAUGAUGCCUACAGGUUUGUGAAGGACCGACGGCCUUCAAUAUCGCCCAACUUCAACUUCCUGGGGCAGCUCCUGGAGUUUGAGAAGGAGCUGCGGCUCCUCCAGGCGCUGUCAGACGACAAGACCUCAGAGGGCAAAGGUCAAUCCCAGGGCUCAGAUGUCAACGGGUUCAGCUCAGGGUCAGAAGUCAAUGGUCACCAUGACUCUUCAUCAAUAGAGCCCCAGACCCCACCAGAACCGAAGCUCCCCUCGCCGACUUCUCUCCAGCAGGGCUUCAACGGCCUCCACCUGUCGGCCGAGCGCAUCCUGGACACUAACCGGCUGAAGCGAUCCUUCUCCCUGGACAUCAAGUCUGUGUACUCCCCCAGCAGCCCCCACUGCCUGUGCCUGGCAGCGCCCACACACUCCGAAGACCUGCCCAAGCUAUGUAAGCUGGACAGUCCCCCUGUCAAUGGUGUCUGCCCUCAGUUCUCCCCUGUCCCAGACAGCCCCAGCUCGGCUGAGUCGCCCUUCCCUUCCCCGGGGUGCAGCGGCAGCAUCGGAGGUCUCGACGUUGGGGGUCCCAGUGAGGGGGGCGUUCGUUCUGGAGGUCCAUCAUCGUCCAGGCCCAGGAGGAAAGCCAAGCACAGCCCUGGAUCUGGAUCCACAACCAGUUCCCCGGUACACCCCCAGUCCCUGAGUCUGACUCUGGGACGCUCCCUGCCCGUUCACAAGAGCCCCAGCCUGGACGAGAGCCUGAAGGGCUCCAUGCUUCUCUCUCUGCCCCCCAAAGAGUCCGGAACCAUGUGGACCAAACACAGAGACACAGUCCAGGCCACCACCCCAGUCACACCUGUCACCCCCACUGCCGACGCCCCCUGGUACUUCGGGGCUGAAGAGGUAGGGGAAAGAGGGAUGGAACUUGGAGGAGAUGGAGGAGGAGGGGUGGAAGUGCGAUUCGGAAGCAGCUCUGCAUACGUGGCGUUCGGUUGUAGCGAGGGGGUGCGGCUACGGGAGAAAGUGCAGCGGGACAAAAGGGCAUCGUCAUCAUCAGCGCCAUUACAGAGGGACUCCUCAACGACCGUCGCCAACGGGACGGCCUCCAACAGCACCGAGAAGCAGUUCAAGCGGCGCAGCUGUCAGAUGGAGUUUGAGGAGGGCAUCUCAGACACGCGUUCCCGGGAGGAGCUGGAGAAGAUGGGGAAGCAGUCCAGCUUCUCUGGCAGCAUGGAGAUCAUCGAGGUGUCCUGACUAACUGCACUCCUGACCACAACCGGCCCACCCAGGGAGGAGGAGAAACGGACCUGAACGAGGAGGGAGGACAGAGGGGGGAAAUUUACGCUCCCCAAACAGACCGUGUUAAAGAGUCGAACUCUGAGAAGACAGAAACACCAGAGAGAUUCCGGGAGUCUUAUCUAGCUAGUGUUCCUGGACUAGACAUGGGGUUCAACAGGCUGUUGAUUUCCUAGGUUACAUUUACAGUUCUACCAACCAAAGCUCUGAAGAGAACAACUAUGGGAAAAGACGGAGACUAUAGGGCACUGACACUGAACUAUGAACUGUGAACUAUUUCAUCUGUAUGGUGUCAGUUCAAGAAGAACAGAUCCAUGGGCAAAUCUCAAUCCCCCUAUCACCCAUAUAGUGCACUACUUUUGACCAAAAGUCACCAAAAGUAUAGUGCUAUUUUCAUAAUUAGGUGUCAUUUGAGACAUAGCCAAGUGCUUUCCUCCCAAAGACUUCAAUCCCCAGCAUGCCUCAGUCUGCCCCUCCCUUCAUUACAAAGACUUAGAAAGAGCUCUGUACCCCAGAAAUGCACCACAGCACAAUGCAGAGAGAGACAAUUCAGACUGUCCUAAGAGACUAUACCGGUGGUACUGCAUCAAAACAAUGAUGAAUCCUCCAUGUUGGCGUGUCAGCCCAACAUGGUUUACAAAGACUUUGCAGUUUAAGAGGACUCACAGUGACUGAUAAAGACUGGCAUUGUAUUUUCCCGCAAUACUCGUCUGCUUCCUUGUUUCCAGUGUUUAACAGUGUGACGUGACUGUUGGGGCGGUGGGGAGGAGAGGAGUUAGGUCCCUGUAGUGGAGUUCAGUACUCGCAUGUCUCACUCCACACCUCCCAAGUAUACCCCACCCCAGCCUCUCAGAGCAUGCUCCAGGGUGGCUGGCGACAGACAGACAAAUACUAUAUAUACUAUAUGAAUAUAUAUAUAGCGAUUUUAAUGGACUUUUAAUCAACAACAAAAAAAUCUCAGUUCUGGUUGUAAUUUAUUUGAUCGGUUCAUUCUGGUAAUGAGAAAUAAUAGAAUGUUUUGUGGACUUUUUCCUUUUCCUUUGUUAAUCUCAGUUUUUGUUGUAUGGUAUUUAUGAAACACAUACAACCACACACUCAUGCACACACAAACACAUGCACACACACACACACACACACUCAUGCACACAAAUCUACAAGCAAGCAAUAUGUGCUGUUCCUUGUUUGGAGGAAGAGUGAUGUAUUGUGGGUUUCAUCUGACGUUGAAAUGCACUUUUCUGUUACUCUUCAAAAACAAGUAUCCCAUCCACAUCCUAAGAGGGUACCAACACCCUCUAACCCAGGAGUGGGAAAACUACAGCUCAUUCAAUCCGGCCCAUGGGAGGUUUCAGUAAAAACAACAAACAAAAUGGGGGUUAAAUUAUUAUUUGGGGUUUAAAAACGACUCCAGGCCACACUUAAAUGUCUACAACUAGAUAGAAUGUUUGUAGAAAUUAUAAUACACCUGUACAUUCUCAAAUAACUGCCCUUUUUCUGGCCCGAAAUAGAUUUUGACAAAGAAAUCGGUUCUCAAAUCUUCUGUGCUACCCUCAGUUGAAUUUCUAAAUCCUGACGUGGCCUUCGAGCCAAAAUGUUUGCUCACCCCUGCUCUUACCUCUGGUGACAUCACCAGAUGUGUGGUAUGGUGAAGAACAGUCCCUAUGAGCAUGAAAACUUUGAAUUUACAUUGAAAAGAUGUUGAAAAUACAUAUUUGUGGUUGAAAAUACAUUGAAAAUAGGUAUUUUUAGUUGAAUAUACAUUAAAAAAAUAAGUGUUUUCAUCAUCUUAUGUUCACCGAGAUGACUCUUCAGUUGAGUGUAAUUAAGAUGUUAUUUAUUGUGAUUGGGGGCUCCUACAGUUAGUGCAUCGCCUGGGAGACGGUUAAUGUGUGUGAUCGAGAAUGAAGAACUUUAUUCAACCCAGUACUAAAGAGCAGAAUUAUUGUAGGAAGGACUGUUGAUUUCUCCAGGGCUCAUGACAACAACUACCGGUAUAUGCAAGUAGAUCCACACAGUUGACAAUGUUAGAGACAUCCACCUAACACACUGCUCAACUCACUCUUUUGGCUAGUUUCCAAAUAUACACACACACACAGACAUAACUAAACUGUGUUGGGAUAUGAGAGAAGCCCAUAGCUGAAACAAAUCCCCUCCACACAUACACACACACAGACAUAACUAAACUGUGUUGGGAUAUGAGAGAAGCCCAUAGCUGAAACAAAUCCCCUCCACACAUACACACACACAGACAUAACUAAACUGUGUUGUGAUAUGAGAGAAGCCCAUAGCUGAAACAAAUCCCCUCCACACAUACACACACACAGACAUAACUAAACUGUGUUGGGAUAUGAGAGAAGCCCAUAGCUGAAACAAAUCCCCUCCACACAUACACACACACAGACAUAACUAAACUGUGUUGGGAUAUGAGAGAAGCCCAUAGCUGAAACAAAUCCCCUCCACACAUACACACACACAGACAUAACUAAACUGUGUUGGGAUAUGAGAGAAGCCCAUAGCUGAAACAAAUCCCCUCCACACAUACACACACACAGACAUAACUAAACUGUGUUGGGAUAUGAGAGAAGCCCAUAGCUGAAACAAAUCCCCUCCACACAUACACACACACAGACAUAACUAAACUGUGUUGUGAUAUGAGAGAAGCCCAUAGCUGAAACAAAUCCCCUCCACACAUACACACACAGACAUAAACACACAGACACAUAUAGUCACACACAAAGAUAUACCACCACCUUUCGUUUGUUCUCAGGGGAUCUUUCAGUGAGCCACGCCUGGCGCAGGGUACACAAUUGCUUGCACAUCAGCACAAUGCAUGUCACUCCCUCACUAUCUCACUAUCAGUCUGUCGCUCUCACUCUCUUAUUUUCCAAAGGUUUGAUAAAAACAAAACGGAAGGGAUGAAACUAGAAGGUGAUUCAGAAGUGAAUAAAUGAAUGCUAUUGCUCUGCUGGUGCGAGAUUGUCUAUUUAUUUAUGAUGUACCUAUGUGUGUUUUUUUCUUUUCCUUUGGUUAGCUUUUCUCUAUUGUGACCUUUGACCUAUACCUUUGUGCUGCUGUAAGGUCAGACCUGGAUUUCCUGUGUUCAGUUCUCUGAGGCUUUCCUUCUAGUCUCUUUAUUUUUAAAAGAUUAUAUAAUUAUUGUUAUAAUUAUUUUAAAACAUGUUAAGAGAAGAUGCAGGCUGUCCCGAUUGCUAUAAUUGUUGGUUUUGAUGUAUUAUUAUUAUUAUUAUUAUUAUUGAUGUUAUGUUGUGUAAAUAGCAAGGUAUCUAAGAAUAUUGAUGAAUUUAGGUACAUUUUUUAAAUAAAAUCCUGAUACCUUAGGCUGCUUGACGCAAAAUACCUCAGGUUUUUCCUUCCUUGUACAUGUUUUGUGAAAAUGAGACAAAAAUACAAAAAUAACAAAAUAUGAACUGUUCUCUGUCUCUGUUUUGGUUUUAGGUGAGUCCAUCUUGGGCUGGUGGUCCACAUGGGAUAAUUGCAGGACAAAACAGCCAUACCGGCUAGCAUAUGGAUAAAAACCAAGCCAUACAGGCUGGCAUAUGGAUGAAAUCCAAGCCAAACUGUCACGCCCUGACCAUAGAGAGCUUUUUAUUCUCUAUGUUGGUUAGGUCGGGGUGUGACUAGGGUGGGUCAUCUAGGUGAUUUAUAUUUCUAUGUUGGCCAAGUAUGGUUCCAAAUCAGAGGCAGCUGUUUAUCGUUGUCUCUGAUUGGGGAUCAUUAUUAGGCAGUCAUUUCCCCUUUGUGUUUUGUGGGAUCUUGUCUUUGUAUAGUUGCCUGUGAGCACUAUAGCAGCUUCACGUUUCGUUUGUUCUUUUAUUGUUUUGUUUUGCUGUGAGUUUCACAGAGUAAUAAAAAGAUGUGGAACUCAGA